GUUAUCACAUCAAGGUGCAAAGAGCAACUAAUAAGCCCAAGAGGGGUGGAAAGGACCCCGUCCUGCCCCAGAAUAUGCACUGGCAAAAAUGUUCUGCACCCGAGCAGCCCCCGCCCCCAACCCGCCCCUAUCAAGGCGUCCGUGUCAAAGAGCCCGUAAAGGAACUCCUAAAGCGAAAGCGUGGCAGUGUUCAGAAUGCAAAUGUGGCCACUGCUGGGACAGCGACGACGGUAUUUUUCCCCCAUCAGCCUGUCCCUUCCUAUUCUCCCACUGGCCAAGUCUGCACAGAUUCGGAUUUUGUCACUUCUGCACUGCCAGUGAUGGAUGAUGGGUCACUGUAUUCCGGGUGGUUAACACAACCUUCUUCAGCCUCUCUGCAGCCUUUGACCCAGUGGACCACCUACCCAGAUUACGUCUCCCAUGAAGCUGUCAGCUGUCCUUAUUCAGCGGACAUGUAUGUCCAGCCUGUGUGCCCAAGUUACACGCUCGUCGGAACAUCUUCAGUGCUCACUUAUGCAUCUCAGCCGCUGAUCACAAACUUUGCGGCAAGACCCGCUUCCUCACCAGCUGUUGUGCCUCACUUGGAUGUCAUGGACCAGCAAGCUCCUCUGAGCUACUUCCCAUGGACUCAGCCAAUCUCAACAUUACCAGCGCCAUCCCUGCAGUACCAACCGGCUUCAACCACCCUCCCUGCACCCCAGUUUCUGCCUCUUCCCGUUUCAAUCCCAGAUCCGGUCCCCGAGGAGCUGGAGGACUCAAGGAAGGAGAUGGGCACCCUGACCAUCGAGAAGCUUCUUCUGCAGGAUGAAAACAAUGGCACAUACGAUCUGAGCAACAGCCUCCCGGUCGAAGGCCUUUAAAGCCAGAGCUUCGGCAUACAGGGAUAGUGUGAAACGUCUCAAAUCUUUGUGGCUCAAGGACAACCCAGCUCUCUCUCUGUGUCUCUCCUUUGGGUGUGAAAACCCGGUUUGUCUUCUGUGUGCUGAGCCCCUUUCCAUAUUGCGUAUGCAGAGAAAUGGCGGUUUAUCGGGGCAGUUCUUCAGCACCCGUGUUUUGGCAAAAGAAAUACAGCAGCCCGGCCCCACAAGCAGGAAUACCACACUGUGAAUAGGCUCUUUCCUUCAAGAUGGAGGAAUAAAGUGCAGAAACAGGGAAACAGUGGUAAGGCCGGCCACAACAGCCCUAUUUCAGCUUAAGUACAACCCGGGGAACCCCACAGCACCUUAAUUCAUAUGGCUAAGCAGCCACCCGGUUCCAUAGGUGGCUCAGGAGGCUGCCUGGA